CUUGUCUGCAAUCGAGAAAGAAGAGAAGUCUACCGCUAUGUCUAAUUCAUUUGACCUCAGCCAGCUUCAGCAGCCUCUGUAUCUCCCGUUUCCAGCAGCUACUAAACAGGCCGCUGGCAAAGUCAAUGGCGUCCAAACAGAGGUCAUCUACAUAGAAUUCGCCGAUAAAAUUCUUGUAACUAUCUCUCAGAAAGGUCGCCUGGCUCAUUGGCUCCAUGUACCUCUGGAAAACAAAAAUCCAGGCACAGAGGGAUUCCACAUGAUCCCCGAUUCCUCCGAGGACAGUCUCCUUCCGAUCAGUAACCUGACUGCGACCUCAGUUCUGGGUGGCCGGGUUCCUGGGCAGGAGACGAUGGGUCAGCUAUAUGCUCGUCAAAUCGCCAGUGCCAUUGUGACGAAGUCACCUGAUGAGAAUAGGUUGCUUGUCGUCGGGCUUGGAUUGGACACUGCUGAGGCUGAUCGAGAUGUGUUCUUUGGUAUCAUUGAGCUUGUUCUUCGAUGUGUCUAGAGAGGGAUAGAGGCGUCGAUCAGUUUCUCCUCGCGAUCUUAAGGGACCUGGGUCAAGAAGUCCCUUUCGGCGGGAGUGAAACCGCCCAUUCUAUCAAAAGCGGCAAACGAGAUCAUAAAAAAGUUUCAUCGAAACCUCUCCGUGGACAACGGCAUGCUAUGCAAAGCCGUAGCUAACACUACGAAAUGCCUACCACAGUCAUUAUGGCACUCAAACCAAAGACGGAAGACAAUGUUCAAAUGUGCCUCUCCUCGUCUAGGUCAACACAAUGUCCGAUAUCCAUGAAAUUGUGCCAGUGGAUUCAGUAAACUGGAAGACUGUUGAACUUUAGUCUACUUCAACUAGGAUCGACUCAGGGAAACAGAGGAAAGCCUGCGCUUUAGAGCUUUCAUAACAGACCUGGACUACAGUAGCACUGAUAUAUAUUGAGCGUGACUGAACUCUACAACGAAUAAUGAAUUAUCUAUAAAAAUCCUGAAA